AUGGAUGGAGCAAAGAUUGUCAGAGUAAUCGUUUCUUGCAAUGGCUUGGUGUGUUUGAGAGCCAAUGGAAAUGUUAGAAUGGAGAUACACCUGUGGAACCUUGUUAUAGGAGAAUACAUCAAAUUGCCUUACACAUUUACAGUUCAUGGUGUUAACAUAUUUGGGUUUGGCUACGAUAACUCCAUUAAUGAUUUCAAGUUGGUAAGAAUGCACAGGGAUGAUAUUAACCGUUUUGGGGCUGAGAUUUACACUCUGGGAGCAAAGUCUCGGAAAAAGAUUUCAAACAUCCCCCAUGGACUUCCUUAUAGUCGGGAUGAGGGUGUACUCGUUAAUGGAGCUCUCCACUGGCCAGCCGGAACAUUUUGGGUUGUUGUUGCUUUCGAUUUGGUAAAAGAAACAUUCCAAGAGUUGCCACAACCUGACUAUGAUGACGACUGUUUCGGAUGUGAGAAUAGGAGAUUAAAUUUGGGUUCAACUGGCGGAUUUCUCUGCAUUGUUUGCAGCUAUAAGGAAAGUCAUGAUGAUGUGUGGAUAAUGAAAGAAGAUCCAGCGGCCAAUUGUGCGCCAAGUAAUGGCAAUGGCUGCCAUGGGACCCAAGUCCUUCGUCAAAUAGUACAAUGCAGUUAUUGGCGGAGGAGGAAUAUGAAAGAGCAGAGCAGAGCAGAGUCAGUUUACGAAGAGCAAAGACAGUCAGGAAAAUGCAAUGCCCCUGAGAAUGCUCAUUUUAGAGAAAUCCUUGGGCCCGUGGUAAUUGCUAUAAAUGAUGAAGUGUUAUCUUUGCCAACUCGAGAGGAAGCUCAGGCUGCCUUGCCAGCUUUGGAGCAUAAGCAACCGAUGGAAAGGACGGGCAUAACAAAUGAGUUGGCAGGGAUAUAA